AUGGAUUCUCGGUCAACAGUCACCGCGAUUUUCACAUUUUUUGUGGGCAUCGCGGUAACCACUGGUCAACUUGACGGUCGGAAUCUGACGGAGUUCAGCUCAGUGCAGUCUUGCGAUACUGAGCCUGAAAGUAUUUAUGCAGCAACGAGGAUCCUGAAGAAUAUGAAUUCCAAGGCGAAUCCCUGCGACGAUUUCUACGAGUUCGUUUGCGGCAAUUACUUGCCGUCGGACCCCACGUCCGAAUUGGAUUUCUUCACCGAUCCGCCUGUCGAAGGCCAGCUAGAAGUGGAUUUACGUUUGCAACGGAUCAUACAGGAUAUCGACAGAGUAAAAGCACCAAAGGCAUUUGCUGACAUGAAAAUUUCUUACGAAAAUUGUGUGGAGGACGAAUUGAAUGUACAGAGCGAAUCAACGCUCGAUGUGACUGGUUACGUUGCCGCGGAGUGGAAAUCCCUGUCCGAUGAUCAAUGGGAUGAAGAAUUAUUCGAUCCUCACUUGGCAAAUCCGUAUUUAUUUAAGUUUCUUGAAAGGACAAACAGCGAUGGGAAUAAGACUUUGGAGCUGGUGAUUAAACCUUCGCCAAUUCACUGGGCUCACCUCAAAGAAGGCACGUCUAACCGAGUAGUCCAAGCGUAUUCGGACUACAUGAUGGACCUUUUCGAUCAUCUGGGUGUCGAUGAUAAGCUGGAGGAAUUUGACCUGAAAGAAAUUCUAACGACCGAAAUAGAACUGGCGAAAAUUGUGUUUCCGGAAAAUGGGAAUCGUGACGUUAAGCACCGAUACACUCGAACCACUUUGGAAGGAUUGAACAAUCUGUAUCCAGAGUUAUUACGGAAAACAAAAUUAAGAAAAAACCCUGAUUCUGUGAUCGAAAUAAAAAUCGAUCCAGACAUAAUCAGCAAAUUGGGUGAAUGGAUUGUCACAAAGCCUAAAAGAGCUUUAGCUUUUUGGACGAAAUGGCGAUGGACGAUGAACGAAGUCAAAUACAUACAUUAUUCGUACACAACUCAUGAAAUGAAAAUGCUCUUUCGUCAUUAUUACAAUAAUGUUGGGGAUGAACCCAGGUGGAGAAAAUGCCUUGAGCGAGUUCAUUCGGAAUCCCCAUUUUUACUCGAUCUUUUGUAUUAUGGACAAUACAUAAAGCCAAAUGUCGUAAAAGAUUCCUCUGAGAUAUUUGCUAAGGUGAAACAACAAUUUAUUGGAUUUGUCGAAAAGUCUAAUGGGUUUCAUGACAGUGUGAAACAAAUCGCUCUCGCAAAAAUCGAGAAGAUAAAAAACGAUUUUGAUGUUUACGAGAGCUUCAUGCUCGAUGAAAAUGUUGACUCUUCUUAUUGUGACCUCAAAUUGUCGGACGGUUUAUUAAGGGAAAAUAGAGUCAAUGUGACUAAGUUAUUAACGGAGUUUGAUCGAUUGUCAAAUUCCGAGGAAGAGAAGAAGACGAAAUGGAAUUUCGUACAAACGGUUGCUAAAUACAUUCAGGAAUCCAUUAUUUUGAAUGUUGGUGCGGCAUUAUAUACCGACAAUUUUUACAAUAUCAAAGGACCGAAGGCUUGGAAUUAUGGAGCUUUUGGUUAUAAGAUCGGUCAGCAAUUCGCUCACAGUCUUGACGAUUCGAAUAGACUUUAUAACGCAAGUGGUGUUUUCGAAGAAUGGUGGGAUUUCGAAAGUAACGAAACGUUUAUCGAGCGCACCGAGUGCUUUGUCGAACAGUAUCGAAACUACGGGUUCGUUGAGACAGGAAUUCCUCUCAAAAGUAUGACGCUUUUGAACGAGCAUAUUGCCGAUAACGUAGGUGUUAAGUUGGCAUACUUCGCCUACGAUAAAUGGUUGCGAGAAAAUAAUCUGGAAAAAAGAUUGCCUGGACUGGCUUAUACGCCAAGGCAAAUGUUCUGGAUCAGUAAAGCCAACAGCGAGUGUGCCCACGUAUAUCGACUUCAGUACCUGAGGGCUCGUGAUUUUAGGGAAAGUCACACUUUGGAAAAACUACCACUCAAUAUCGCAUUAGCAAAUAUGCCAGAAUUCGCGACGGAUUUCAAGUGCAGUUCAGAUUCUAAAAUGAAUCCCUCGACAAGGUGUACCAUGUGGUAG